CCCUCGGCCUCGGCCUCGGCGUCCGGCGCGCCGCAGAUCAUCCACUCGGGCCACUUCAUGGUGUCGUCGCCGCACAGCGAGCACCCGCCCAAGAAGGGCUACGACUUCGACACCGUCAACGAGCAGACGUGCCAGACGUACCGCUUCGGGCCCGCGGCGGGCGCCCGCGCCGGGGGCGGGCAGGCGGGCGACGGCGGCGGCCGCCUCAGCAUCGACGCCUCGCUCACCAAGCUCUUCGAGUGCAUGACGCUGGCCUACAGUGGCAAGUUGGUUUCACCCAAGUGGAAGAAUUUCAAAGGCCUGAAACUCCAAUGCAGGGACAAAAUCCGACUCAACAAUGCCAUCUGGAGGGCAUGGUACAUCCAGUAUCUGGAGAAGCGGAAGAACCCCGUGUGCCACUUCGUGACUCCCCUGGAUGGUUCCGUGGAGGUGGAUGAGCACCGGCGUCCUGAGGCUAUUGCAACAGAUGGGAAGUAUUGGAAAUGGCGGAUAGAAAUAGUUAUCCGAGAGUAUCACAAGUGGAGAACCUACUUCAAAAAACGGUUACAGAAACAUCGAGAUGAGGACCUUUCCAGCUUGGUCCAGGAUGACGACAUGCACCACUGGCGUCCAGGGAUGUGCGGCAGGGAGACCCCGAUGGAACUGGACUCCUUUUUCAGCACAGACAUGUUUAUGUCCGAGCUGCCAGACACCCUCUUCUCCACAUUGUCUUCUCACCAGCCCACCCCCUGGACAAACCCCAGAGCGACAGAGCACCUGGGAAAUGCCGACAUGAUUCAGCCAGGACUCUGCCCUCUCCAGCCAAACUGCAUGGAUAGUUUUGAGUUUUUUCAAGAUAUUUUCUCGAACAAUCGAUCCACCGCUGGAUUCUCCGCCAGCAUCACUCCUCCCUCCAAUUCUGCUCUGGCAGGCACUUGCACGCACUCCUCCCAGGCCCCGGGCCUCUCCUUGGGUCCUUUACCCAACACGCUCCCGCCGGUGAACCUCGGCGAGGGGCUUGUCGCCACGCCGGUGCCUGCCCCCAUCAUCUCCAAUUUGGCAGACAUUGGGGGAGACGCCUGCCUCGACCUCAGCAGCCGGGACGCCUUGCUGCUGCCCCCUGGCUUCAGCUCCGAGCCACCCCUGAGCGGCCAGCCGCAGUUCCUGCCUCCGCUCCCGGCACCAUCGCUCCUCCCGCGGGACGUCGCUCCCCUGCCGCCCCAGCAGGCCCUGCAGCCCAUGAGCGCCGGCCUGGCCUCGCCGGGGCCCGUGUUCGAGCUCUGCAAGUCCCUGGUGAUCACCCACACGGCCUCCUCCACGCCGACGCAGAACGUCUCUGCCACCACCUUCAGCCACAACCAGGCCGGCCUCCUCGCCAACCAGCAGCCUGCGCGAGGGGGGGUGCCCUGCAGCCUGUCGCUCCAGACCCCCGUGGCGCAGCUGCACCCGCAGCCUCCCUUCAUGCUGCCGGCGGCCAGCCCCACGACGAGGCCCAAGAAGCCGCAAAAAAUAGUGCCUGCUCCAAAGCCCGAGACGGUCUCCUUGGUGUUGAAGAACGCCUACAUCAGCCCAGCAGCCUUUCAGGGGCAGGCCGGAGCUGUGAUCGUGACUCCAGCACCACUGAAACGGGACGGAGUGCUGGCCCCGAGGAUCUCUCAGCCCAGUGUGGUGAUUGCGCCGUCUACAAUGGCCCGAGCGCCCCACGCGGCAGAGUUCCACAGCAGGAUCCUGCUCAGCCCCGGCCAGCAGUGUCCAAGCCCCCAGCCAGUCCCCGCUGCACUGCCUCACCUGUUUUCCCCCAGUGCGAUCCAGGAAGCGCUGGAGAAGGGCAAACAGGCCUCGGCCCACAGCCCCUCCUCUCAGGGCCUCUCGCCUGCGCCCGGCCGAGAGAGCCGGCUGUCCGGGCAGGUCUCGCCGUGCCCUUCCGAGCAGAGCCCCAGCCCGCAGUCCCCGCACAGCAGCUGCUCAGGGAAGACCGCCGCCCAUCCUCAGGUGACCACGGUUAAGAGCCGCCGAAUGAAACACAUUUCAGCAGAACAGAAGCGGAGGUUUAACAUCAAGAUCGGCUUUAGCACCCUCAACUGCUUGGUGUCGGCAAACUCUAAAUCAAUCAGCCAUGCCUUGACACUCCAGAAGACGGUGGAAUACAUCGCCAAGCUGCAGCAGGAGAGAUCACAGAUGCAAGAGGAAGCCAAGCGCCUCCGGGAGGAAAUCGAGGAGCUGAAUGCCACCAUCAUUUCUUGUCAGCAGCAGCUCCCGGCCACGGGUGUCCCCAUCACGCGACAGAGAUUCGAUCAGAUGCGAAGCAUGUUUGAGGAGUACGUCAGAAGCAGGACCCUGCAGAACUGGAAGUUCUGGAUCUUCAGCAUCCUCAUCAACCCCUUGUUCGAAACAUUCAAUGGGAUGGUGUCCACCACAAGCUUCGAGGAGCUGCACCAGACGGCACUGGCAUGGGUGGACCAGCACUGCUCCUUGCCAGUCCUCCGGCCAAUGGUACUGAGCACCCUCCGGCACUUCAGCAUCACCACCUCCAUCCUCUCCGACCCGCUGCGCCUGCCGGAGCAAGCCACCGAGGCGGUGAACAAGCUCAGCAAGAAAGCUGAGGAAAGCUAACCAAAGACAAGCCGCGCCACCUCCUCGAGCCGCAGCGAGCAUCCAAGCGCCACAGAGAGGGGGGGCGCCACCGCGGGGUGAUUCGCCGUCCAGCCGCACGCGCGGGCCCUGGCCUCGGACU